AUGCAACGAGUCCACGACCAUUUGUUGCUAGAGGAAGAGUACGUGGAGAAUAUGGAACGCCUGCGCAAGACCAAGGCCCAGGCUGCGCUGGAUUCGGCGAACCGUAAUGAUCUCGACAUCAUGGAUCGGAACGCCGAUGAGAGAAGCCGGGUUGAUGACAUGAGAGGCAGCCCCAUGGGUGUCGGAAACCUGGAAGAGCUGAUUGACGAUGACCACGCCAUCGUCUCGAGUGCGACUGGACCGGAAUACUAUGUUUCGAUCAUGUCGUUCGUUGACAAAGACCUUCUCGAGCCUGGUGCUAGCAUUCUUCUACACCACAAGUCGGUCUCGGUUGUCGGUGUGCUCACCGAAGAAUCCGACCCCCUCGUAUCAGUGAUGAAGCUCGACAAAGCUCCCACAGAAUCAUAUGCCGAUAUUGGUGGUCUGGAAACCCAGAUCCAGGAAGUCCGGGAGUCUGUGGAGCUUCCUUUGCUCCACCCGGAGUUGUACGAGGAGAUGGGUAUCAAGCCACCCAAGGGUGUCAUUCUUUACGGUGCCCCUGGUACCGGAAAGACGCUUCUGGCCAAGGCGGUCGCAAACCAAACCAGUGCUACUUUCCUCCGUAUUGUUGGUAGUGAGCUGAUUCAGAAGUACCUUGGAGAUGGCCCUCGUCUGGUCCGUCAGAUCUUCCAGGUUGCAGCUGAGCACGCACCGUCCAUUGUUUUCAUUGAUGAAAUCGAUGCGAUUGGUACGAAGCGUUAUGAUUCUACGUCAGGUGGUGAACGAGAAAUCCAGCGUACCAUGCUUGAGCUUCUUAACCAGCUUGAUGGAUUCGAUGAUCGCGGUGACGUCAAGGUCAUCAUGGCCACCAACAAGAUUGAGACCUUGGAUCCUGCUUUGAUCCGUCCGGGACGUAUUGACAGAAAGAUUCUCUUCGAGAACCCAGACCACGAUGUCGACUUGGACGAGUUCAUCAACCAGAAGGAUGAUCUCUCUGGUGCUGAUAUCCGUGCUAUCUGCACUGAAGCUGGUUUGAUGGCGCUGAGAGAGCGCCGGAUGCGGGUGCAGAUGGACGACUUCCGCGCAGCCAGAGAGCGGAUCAUGAAGACGAAGCAGGACGGAGCUGCCAUAAUGGACGGAUUUGACGAGGAGGCAUUCAAGAAGUUUUUCCCGACUAGCUUUGGCAAGCAAGAGAAGAAGACCGAUGUCAGCUCGCAGAUUGAUCGCACCAAGCGCGCAGAAGUCUCUGUGAACCCUGAUGGCGACGACAAAAAAGCGGGUAUAACAGGAGAGGCGAUGACUGAGGCUAGUCCCGCGGCGGAGGAAGAGAACCAGAAAAACGAUUCAGAUAGUGAUGAUGGAAGCAACGACUCUGAUGACGAUUCCGAUGAUGAGGAUGAGUUCCCGGUGUCUCAUGAACUCGUUCUCAAGACACACGACCGCGCAGUAACUACGUUGACCGUGGAUCCCGCAGGUUCGCGACUGAUCACCGGCUCGACCGAUUGUACUAUAAAGCUACACGACUUUGCGUCCAUGACCCCGUCGACUAUACGCGCAUUCAAAUCUGUCGAUCCUUCCGCCAAAAAGCAGUCUGCUGCGCAGGAGGCGCAUGCCGUGCAUUAUGCAGCUUUCAAUCCCUUGUCCCCCAGCUACGUCAUGGUUGUUUCGGCCACACCCCAGCCAAGGAUUUUGAGCCGCGAUGGUGAUACGAUUACCGAGUUUGUGAAGGGUGAUAUGUAUUUGAGGGAUCUUCAUAACACCAAGGGUCAUAUCUCUGAGGUGACUGGCGGCGUGUGGUGUCCAACCGACGAGAAUCUCUGUGCCACGGCAGGAACAGAUAGUACUGUGCGCAUCUGGGAUGCCAAUGUCGGCCGGUCACAGAAGGAGGUUAUUGUGCAUAAAUCAAAAAUGGCGGGAUCCGCUGGCCGGAGCAAAAUGACCGCUGUCGCAUGGGGCUCACCCAAGCAGGGUGGACCUAGUGUUCUCGUUGCUGCUGCGCUCGAUGGCAGUUUGCUCAUGUGGAGCGGAAACGGGCCGUACACUCGGCCAAGUGCGGAGAUUAGAGAUGCCCAUGCUAAGGAUUCUUGGACGAGUGGCAUCGAUGUCAGCUCGGACGGACGGCUUGUUAUUACCAAGGGCGGAGAUGACACUAUCAAGCUAUGGGAUACUAGGAAGUUCAAGCAACCUAUCACCACGGUCGCCCAUCCUUCCAGCACGCGGUAUCCGUCGUCGAAUAUUAUAUUCUCACCUACAUCCGCUAAUGUUCUAACGGGCUCGGAGACUGGACACCUGCAUAUCUUGAAUCCAGCCACGUUGAAACCGGAACUGGUCACGCCCGUUACGCCAGGAUCGCCCGUUAUCAGCGUUUUGUGGCAUGAGAAGAUGAACCAGAUCAUUACCGGCUCGGCCAACGCAGAAACUCAUGUUCUUUACAACCCUAACAUGUCUACCAAGGGUGCUGCCUUGAUCAUGUCCAAGGCACCGAAGCGUCGACACAUCGAUGAUGACCCGAGCCUUACUAUGGAUCUCACCCAAGGGAUUUCUGGCGACUCUGUGGUUGUCGGAUCCAACGGGGUGCCUCAUUACAGUUCAUCCACCUGGUCCGCCCGGCACCCGACCAUCGGACUCACGGCGUCAGGCCGUCCAAGAGAUCCACGGAGACCUCAUCUACCAGCACAAACACCUUUUGCGAAAUCGCAACCGGAUGAGAAGCAUAUCCGCGAGAACAUUCCUCUUAGUUCGAUGCGCGAUGAGGAUCCCCGGGAAGCUCUGCUUAAGUAUGCGGACAAGGCCGAGAAGGACCCGAUCUUCACCAAGGCGUGGAAGGAGACGCAGCCCACGCCGAUCUACCGGGAUAUUAGUGAUGAUGAAAACGAGCAGGGGCCGGAUAAGAAGCGGGCAAAGCGGUGA